AUGGUAUCUCCCACGCUCCAGCGAUCACGUCGCCCUGUCGAUCAUCAUCUUGAAGAGUCCAACUCCACUGCAAGCUUGUUCCUGGGCGGAGUGCGGAGGGAUUGGAUGGCUUCGGCGGGGACCAGCCCACGCGAGGCGAGACCGGCCGCCAUGUCUCCUCCGAAACCUCUGAAUUCUCAUACAGUGGCUGCUCCGUCCAAGGUCUCUCAAGGGAUUGAUCCCCCUGGACCUGCAGAGCUUUCCUUGAUGUCACCUGUGACACCAGAUGCCAAUCUGCAACCCUCCGUCCCCUCCCAUCCACCCGCCCGCAAACCCGACCCUCCGACGGCUGCACUUCCCUCGCCUGUCCCAAGCCCUGGCGCUCAUCCGAGCCCGAGUCUUUCUCCCCGUCCCACAAUUCCCUUGAACGGUUGUCCCGUCGUGGCCGUGGCGGUUCCACCAGCGUCUGACAAGCCGCCAGCGGUGACGGCGGUGACAGCUCAGCCGCGUCGCGACGAGAACGCGAGCCCCCGCCAACCAUCCUCGAAUCAACCAUCUCCUUCAGUACACCAUUCGACCCCGAGACAGAGCCUGGCGGAGGUAGCAGAGCCAUCCGAAAUCUCGUGGUCUAAUGCACCACCCACCACCGCUCCUAGCCCACGACCGCUACAAGUGAUCACUGAUGGCCUUCAAGCUCAUUCUCUACAGACUCCAAACGGCCCGAACCAGAGCCCUUCGGUGGGACCUAACGCGGGUUCUCACACGUCGGGGAGCCACGCGAUAGGGUCGCCAUUGCCACAAGCGACCCCAAUCCCGCAUGUUUCUUCUCAAGACCUGAAUUGGCCAUCCUCAACCGACUGGAUCCAGUGGAACCUUCGUGCGAAUGCACUGCUGAACGAAGCGAGAGCAUGCUCGCCGCAGCUGGGUGGACCCAGGGCUCUGCUCCUGCUGAAUAGCUUUGUUGACAGUGACAAAGACAUCUUCUACUUGGUGCUGCACCAGAUCUUUUGUGAGAUGUCCAGGGAUGCUCAUGGAUUACUUGCAAAACUUCCGGUCCUCCGCCACAGUCGUUGCCAAGUUGGCUUAACCAGACUCGCGGAGCUCCUAGAGGACAAUUCCAGACUGCCCCCUUCUUUGUUGGAAGCAUUUUGCGCAUUUCCUGUCCGCCUAGACGAGUAUAUGAACGCUCCAUGGUACAAACUGAUUCUCGAACAAGUGGUAGGCUGCCUCUCAUGCCUAGUAACUCAAUUAUCACUUUUAAAGACCGAGACUCAACAAAAGAUUUAUGAGCGUGGUUAUCCACCACUGGUGAAGGAGCUGAGGCAGGAUUAUGGUGUCAAAUCACCAGUCCUACUGGGCGUGAUCUUUAUGUCUAUAUGUCGGCAUGUCUAUGAGCCAGCGAAAAUCGAUUCUCUGCAACUCAAGUUCAAGAAAGACUUGUUCCUUGUUUCGCACCACGCGGGUCAAGAUGCCUAUUUUGCCCUGAUCGAAGAAUAUCGACAGAUUCCGAUGAAACCGAGGCAUAUGGCUCCCGGGCCACGAAUGCCGGCCCCUCAGAAUCAGCACCAACCCCAGGCUCAAGGUGCAACAGCGCCUGUUGGACAUUCUCGUCCUUCUGUCUCGUCUCCCGUGGCCAGCUCCCCAGCUGCUGUCAGUUCCACAAUGCAAGCCAACGGACAGCCUCGCCCCGCUUAUCGUUCGCCUCAUACACAGUCCCCAAAUAUGCCUAAUGUUCCCCCGACCUUUCAAAAUGUCCAGUACAUGAACCAAUGCGGUCGUCAAAUUUCAGCCGAGCAAGCGUGGCAGAUGCAUCAAAGGGCACAAGCGCAAAUAGCGCAGGCUCAGGGCCGUCCGGCACAGCCUGUAAUGCUCCAACCAGUCGACCCAGGACAAGGCCAGGGACAAAAUGCUCAGAUGGGACCGAUGGGACCGCUUUACAUGAUCGCUGCAGAUCAGUCGCCUCAAGUCCUUGUUCCGGUCACUGCCAUUCCCUCCCAACUCGUCACCUCGCCGUCGCCGUCUCAAUACUCCAUGCCUGGCUUGCCUGGCCAUGUGAUUCAGCAACAACAGCCCCAGUCUCCGCACCAGGUUCAGUAUCAGCAGCAGCAGCAGCAACCGCAGUACCCACCGACAACCACACAAUUCUCUGCUGCAUCCCACGCAGUUCAUACGGAGGUAAUGAGUCGAGCCAGUCACUCGAGGGCAUGGCAACCUUCAUCAGUACGGCCUGUCCCCGUCUCGUCGCCAGUGGUGCAGGUUCCCCAAACCCAGACCGGCCAACCUCGUGCGCCUGUUGCGUCGCCUCUACUCCCAGCCGCAGGUUAUAGAGCGCCGCAGACAGUGCAACCCAACCCGAUGCGACUGGGUCUGCACCAAGCGGACCUUCGGGAACCGUUUAAGCAAUUAGUGCGACAGACGCCGGGCGGCUACAAAGAAACUGCCUUGUACCAAUACCUGAGUGGAUUCUUGCUGAGCCCAACACGGAUCGAUCCAAACGUCUUUAAUUAUCGCUGGAAUUUCUCCAUCUCGGCCGAAGACUACCAGCGCUUCCCCCGCUAUGCCGACAGAGGACAAGGUCAACGAUCGAUUCGAACAUACCAGCCGGGUUGUCGGACUUACCGCCUGCGUGCCAUUGCCCUGCCUGACUCUCACAAGGAAAAGAUGCAAUCAUUCUGGCCAACAGCAAACACUACCUGGCCCAGUGUGUUGUACAUCUUUGUGAACAACAAAGAAAUGUACGUCCGGCGGAAAGUACAUAACGGAAAGGACCUUCCUUUGGACAUCACCAGACAUCUACGCGAAGGCGAAAACGAAGUCAACGUCCACCUACUCCUAGGCCCUGGCGAGUGUCAGAAAUUCCAGUACGCGAUGGCUAUCGAAACCAUGGAGGUUUCUGAGUACAACGAGGUUCUCGCCCGGACACGCCAUAUCCUAGCGAGUGAGACCCGUGCCAACAUCAAGAAGCGACUGAAAUCGACCACCGAUGACGACGAGCUGGCCGUCGUCACCGACAGUUUGACCAUCCCACUCAUCGACCCCUUCAUGGCGCAAGUCUUCAACACCCCCGCUCGUUCCACCCACUGCAACCAUAUCGAGUGUUUCGACCUGGAAACCUUCGUCACAACCCGCAAGUCCCAGUCCGGCCCCACGGCAAUGAACGACAACUGGCGUUGUCCAAUCUGCAAUGCAGAUGCUCGACCGCAGUUCCUAGUUGUGGACCAUUUCUUCGUUGAUGUCCGUGAGGAGCUCAAGAAAGACGGUCGUCUGGAGACUGCCCAGUCGAUUGAGGUCCGGGCCGACGGGAAGUGGUCUGUCAAAGUCGUCACCGAAAAUGGUUCUCCCUCCAGCCCAAAACAACGUCAACUUUCCCAGACGUCUUCGUCUGCCAAGCGCAAGGCGGACAGUAUGACUGGCGCAGCGGAGCAGCCUUCUCGUACUAAGCAUGAAAGCCCUCCAGAUGUCCCCGCCCAGGAACCCACCAUCAUUGAAAUAGAUUAA